UAUAUAUAUGUGAGUGUAGUGAGUCAUAGUUAAAACCAGAUGCAAUAUAAGAAAUAUCAUUGCUAAAUGUGUUUGUAUGGAUAUACAUACCAAGAAAUGUAUUAGGUUGUAGUGACAAAUUGCCAGAGUGGUGUUAAAAAUGGAAAUUUUAUUUCAAUUAAUCAUGGUGUGAAGUUAUACAUGUGGGUAAACAUAGCCUGAGAUGAACGUGUUAAGUAGAAAUGGAUGAUGAGGUGUAGAUAAUAAAAUAAUAAAAGCUUGUGAUGAAGAGAAGGACUUGGGGAUCAGUUUUGAUUGAGAUUUUUAUUUUGAUUUGCAUACCUAAAGAGUGGCAGGUAAGGCACAGCAUAUGGUUGGCAUUAUUAGGAGGAUUUUUUGGAUAGGGAGACAUUUUUUACAAUUGCAUAAAGCACUUGUGUGUCCACUUGGAAAAUGCAAAUGUGAUCUAUUGUGUCUGUUCUUAAAAAGACAAUCAAUGUUAGUGGAAAGUUUACAAGGGUGUGCUACUAAAUCGCUUGUAGAAUUUAAAGAUAUGUCAUAUUCCAGUCUGCUGAUAUUUAAGAUUCCUCACUCUGAAGGGAAAGAUAAUCAGGUGAGACAUCUUUCAAAUGUAAGAUAUUUCAUCGAUGCAGUGAAUUUGAUAUGCAUGUAUUUUUCUCAUCAUCACAUACGAACACAUCUAGAAAUUCAGGUCGAGUCCUAGGCAGAUGAUAGUCCCUACUACUAUUGCUAUUACAUGUACACAAUAUAUGAACAGGGAGAUCUGAUUAUCUUGACAAUUUGCCAUGUAGAUAACAACCAUACAUAUCCUAGCUAUAAACAUAAUAGACAGUUUUAGCUCCCUGACUGCUAAUGUAUGUCACAUAAAUACUCCAGGAUAGCCACAGUGGGUAAUGAGCUUAAAUCAUGUACAUCUCCUGGUGACAGCCUGAACUAAUAACUAAACCAUAUUCCAAGUCCUUUUGUAUUAUUUCUGUGCAUCACACUAAUCUAAACUGUUGGGCUGCAUAUCAAAAUUGAAAUGUAUAAUAUUGAAAGCCAUCAGUGACAGUCAUGAAAGUUCCAUAGUGUAGUAGUGUGCUUGACUGUAGAGAAAAGAUUGCUGGUCUUAAGUACAUUGGAGCUUGUGGCUAAAGUCCCCCUGCCAUCCAGUUGGCUACCGGGCCUAUGAGGGGAGGUAAAUGUGGAAGGAGAAGUCAGGUUUAGCCUUCUACUUGCUAUAUUUUGAUUUUGCUUAUUAAGUAUUCAUCUAUUCACCAAUUUAUUAUUUUGUUAACUUGUUUCUCUGUUAUGAUAUAAUUUUUCUGCAGGUACUUGCAGAGAAUCACCCAGCAACAUUUGGCUGGUUCUUGCGAUGGUAUGAUGAAAUGUUCACGGUCUUGGAUUUUCUUGUGCAGCAUCACUAUGUGCAAAAGUAUAGUGCUUCAUUUGCUGAGAACUUCUAUGACUUAAAAAGAGUUCCUUCCGGUGAUUCUGCAGGAGAAAAACUGAGUAAAACACUGCAGUGGAGGUCUAUACUUAAUUUGGUUGGCGUUCCAUACCUGAAGCAGAAACUAGAGCAGUUGUUUCAAGACCUAAAGUACAAAGAGGAUAUGCUCCCUAGAGGUCCUGAUGCUCCUCUGAAAGCAAGACUUUGCAGAGCAUUUUUGGGUAUCUAUCCCUUCAUACAUAUGCUGUGGGAAGGGGUGGCUUUGUGGCACAUCUUGGCAUAUGCUUUCAAGCAGAGUUGCUGGCAUUCAUUUCCGAUGCAUCUUUCUGGUACAGAGCUCCGACAUCGCACAGAAGAUGAUGCAGAGUUUGUCAUCGCUGACAUGGCAUGGACAGAAGUGGUGCCUAGGAGAAACAUAGGAUUCGCAGCUGUAAAGCUUUUGCAGGGUGUAGUGUCAGCGUUGUCUACUGGCUUAUCUGUUAGCAUCUUUUUUCUUCAGUUUUUAGACUGGUGGUACAACAGUGAUGCCAGUGCUCCAUCUUUGACUGCUUUGCCCAUGCCAAGUCCACCACAGAGAGGAUCAACUGAAGCUUCACGUCCUUAUGUUUGUCCCCUGUGUACAAGGACACGCACAAAUGAAACAGCCCUUGCUGUGUCAGGGUACGUGUUCUGCUUUCCCUGUAUUCAUGAGUACAUCAGAAUUCAUGGUUGCUGCCCUGUGACUGGAAUUCCAGCAAAGACAGAACAUCUAAUUAAAAUAUAUCUUCCAGACUCAUAGUGCAUUACAUCCUACUGGACAUUAAAUGAAUCACAUCAUGUGUGGGAGAAGGAGAUGCCGGCAGCAAAAAAGUGUUUUAAAUAUGACUAGAUCCUGUCAAAAAAAAAAACAAACCCCUAAUUAAUCCAAUGUCUCAUCAAACUGGAAUAAUGUUCACUUCAAAUGCAUUGUAGCAGAGGUGUGAUAUUAAACAUCCCAACACAGUUGUGGUAGAAUGAUUGGGGUGUGCAUGCCUGUCAUUGUGGGGAACCAAGACACUAGAAGGGCGGAUGUUAGAGUUUAAAGUUAAGGUAGUGUAGCAGUGGGGAUGAGUUAGGGUUUAAGGUGUGUUAACUAUAACAACUGUGGAGCUGAAAAGAUUUUGGCUUGGAUUUUGUAAGGGAGCUAAAAAACAGAUGUCAGGAAAAUUCUGGUUGGGAGCUGAGGAUCCCAGGCAAACUCCCUGUGAAUUAUAAAAUACUCUGAAGCAAAACAAUGAAGUAAAAUAAAACCCACUGGGUUUACUAGGUAAAAAAAA